CGUGCUGUCUCGAUCACCGGUGGCCAUUUCACAUGCCCUCAUCACCGGGCUCUCACUCACCUCUUGCUUAUAUAUGAUAAGGUCUCCCUUCGUUUUUUGGUUAUUUUUUGGUAUUCAUCCCCAUACACGACCAUGCCGCCGCCGUCCCUCCUGCAGCUCUGCACGGCGACUGCGAUUAGGAACGUGAAAUCCCUGGACGAUGUCGGCAAUCUUCCCUACGCACUUGCUCGUCCAUUUCUACUCAAGGUCGAAAGCCCCGCAAAACUGAGAUCCCUGGAACUCCAGUCCCCACAUAUUAUGCGAGAUGACGAGGAACUCUGGCUCGAGUUUAUAAAGAAAGACAUACCAAGAUGGGAGGAGUACGAACUGCCCGAGAGACCUGAUUGCUGGUAUGACGUAUAUUGUGACCUUCGAGCGCAGGUCCAAAGGGCAGUGGAUGAGGAUGCAGAAAAGCUGAAGAUGGCUCUAGAUGGCAUCAGCUCGGAGCGUGAGAAGCACAGUGCCAAGUUCGUCACUGACCGGCGCAUCAUCGGUCUCCCCCGGGAGCGACCGACAGCAAAGCAACGUUAUGCUUCGUUCGAUCGGAGGAUGGGAGGAAUCGCACCUGUCUUCUCCUCCAAACCCGGCUUUGGGUCCUCAGACCCCGUGAUAUCUGGGUUUGAACGACCCCAUCUUCCACGGUCCGAUACAAAGAAAAAGAACAACAUAUUCGCAGCUCCGAGGAGGAAUCCCGCUCUGGCCGUUCCCACGAAGCAUCUCAACAACAGAGCCACCCAGGUCAGACAGGCUCCGAUCGCUUUCAUUGAGGACCAUAGACGCCCUCCUGAGUCUGCUGCCCCUCAGCGAAAGGAUUCCCCGGCUAUGAGAGCGCCCGGCCGGUCGCGGUCGCAAAUCAGUUCUGGUUCCCAGAACAGCCCGGCAUUAAAUCCCACGAUACGGGACAAUGAAGCCCGACUACGAGCGAUUAAAGCAGGAUGGUCUUCAACAACCUCACAGCCAAAUUCGAGAAGUGCGCCGACAUCACCGCCUUCAAGAAGUUCGUCUGAGUCUAGAUCUCAUCCCCGAGCGCAACCCCACGGUGGCAGUGCGGCUGGCUCUCAGACGAGGGCCGCUAUCGAUGAGCCAACAACAGCUACGGCACAGCCACCACCUCGUCCCCCAAUGACUCGAAAAAGACCUGCCCCCAGUCUCUUCAUCCAGCCCAAGAAAAAGAAAGUAAAUUGAUGGCACAUAUAUCUUUUUUUAUCAAGUCGACGUGCAUUGUUAGGUAUACGGGAUUACCCACAUUAUAUAGGAUUGGCGUUUAAUACCAGUACGGGUCGCGUGCACAGCUGCUGGAGUGGAUGGCGUUUGCAAAAUGAUACCAGUGAAGGUUCUUUCUUCUUUAGUCUUCUUCUCCUUUUUGGACAUACUCAGGUUCGGGCCAAGCGCCAUAGACCUUUUUUCUUCUUAUCAUCUCUUUUUACCGGGAACUUUCUACAUAAGACGGCCCCAAACAAUGCUGGCUUGAUGCGCGACGUUGGUUCCUGAGGCCCCAUUUUCUCGAUUUAUGUUU